AAAUUUCUCUCAUGGCGACCCAGAAAAUCACAGACUACGAGCGGAAGAGGCUCGAGAACAUUCGCCGAAACGAGGAAUUGAUGGCCUCUCUGAAGCUCCAAUCCAUGGCCACCCAACUCUCAGCCUCAACCAAACGCCCAAGGAUUGAGCCCAAAUCGUACAAGGUCAAUUCGGAGAAGAAACCCAAGACGCAGGACCCAACUGUUAUCCGGCGUUCUCUACGCAGCAGGGGAUUACCGCCCGAUGCGAAAGGCCUCGGUGCAAUAGACUCAAUGUUGAAGACUACUCUAGAAUCCAUGGACCGCAAGUGUGACCUGAGGAAACUGGGUCCUAUUAGUAGGAGGGAUGUGUACAGCGGUGUAUCGGAUCGAGAGUUGAUUGAAACCAUUUUGGGUGUUGAGAAUAAACCCCAGUUGGGUUCGGAAGUUAAGAGUGAAUUCGGGGAUUGCAAGGAGGAGGAGGAGAAAUCAUGUGUUGCGUUUACUUUAGUUGGUGGAAUUGGUUGUGGUUUGGUUAAGAAAGAAGAGGAUGGAGGUGAGAGUGAUGUGAAGGUGGAGGAAUUGAGUCUCAAGGAGGAGAAUGUAGCCCGGGUUGUGCCGGGGAAUGUUAUGAAUGUGAGGUUCUUUCCGAGUUGUAGUUUGAGAAUGGUUGUGGUAGGGAAUAAGGUUGGGAAUGUUGGAUUUUGGAAUAUGGAUUCUAAGGAAGGGGAGGAAAAUGGGAUCUAUAUGUAUAGACCGCAUUCUGGUCCCAUUUCGGGGAUCUCCAUUCACCAAGAUUCUAUGUCAAAGAUAUUUAGUAGUUGUUAUGAUGGAUUUAUCCGAUCGAUGGAUGCUGAGAAAGAGGUGUUCGAUCUUGUAUAUGCAAGUGAUGAGACUGUAUAUGCUCUUGCUCAACAAUCAAACAAUGCAAAGUGUUUAUACUUUGCUGAGGGUCGUGGAGGUAUAAGUAUGUGGGAUGAGAGAACAGGAAAUAUCUCAGCCCAAUGGAGUCCACAUGAUGAUAGAAUCAAUUCCAUAGACUUUAACUCAUUAAACUCAAACAUCAUCACUACUAGUUCAACAGAUGGAACUGCCUGCAUUUGGGAUUUGAGAAGUAAUGAUGCAGAUAAGUUCAAAAGCUUAAAGACAAUUGGUCACAAAAGGGCUGUGCAUUCUGCCUACUUCUCGCCUUCUGGAAGGUCGCUAGUGACGACAAGCCUUGAUGACACAGUUGGUAUAUCAAGUGGAGUUAAUUUUGAGGACAUAUCAAUGAUACACCACAAUAAUAAUACAAGCAGAUGGAUUCCUAAGUUCAAGGCAAUUUGGGGAUGGGAUGAUGCGCAUGUCUUCGUUGGAAAUAAGAACAGAGGAGUCGAUGUUAUCAGUCCCUUUCAAAGAACAAAAAUCUUCACUUUAAACAGCCCAUAUGUGUCUGCAAUUCCGUGUAGAUUUGCUGCUCACCCUUAUAAUGUUGGGAUGCUAGCAGGAGCUACAGGUGGAGGCCAAGUUUAUGUAUGGACAUUGGGAUAAGAAACUCAGCCUCUUUUUUUUUUUUUUUUUUGAAGGCAGAAACUCAGCAUCUUUAAACAGACUACUUUUAACGUGUAAGUAGCGCAAGCAUGGGAUUCG